AUGAAUCAUUCUCAACCCACAAAGUAUAGGCAUGUGCCUAAGUAUGCCUUCAUAAGCCCGCAGUUGUGGAUAUUAUCUGAAUUGAUGAAGGUGCCUCUCAUACAAGCUCUCUUAGCCGUUGGGAUGCUGAGCUCCUUCUACAGUUGCUUAAAGGGCGCUUUCCCUCUAGUCACUUAUAUCACUGCAUAUCUGUUAUUAUAUGUAUCGCAGAACCUUAUUGAGAAGAGAUCAGAAAAGGCAGCAAAGAAACACGUUAAGCAAAUUUGCGAGGAAGUAACGAGAGAGGCCCCAGGAGUGAAUGUUAAGUCAUGGGAUGACAUUACUGAGCGCAUAAAUGAAAAUAUUCAUAGCGAAGGGGACUGGCCGAGCCGGUUCUGUCUCUUCGAAGGAAGGAGCUGUUACACAUUUUUCAGGCAAGCCAUUUUGUGUCCUUAUUAUCAAUCCCAGGAAACCGAGGAGGGCGCGAGAAAUUCAGGAGAAGAAAGCCAGAGUCUGCGACAUACGGUGAACGCUUACGAAGAAAGUUUAGAAAGGUGGUGGAAAAUGUUUUCCAAGGAAUUGGUUUACUAUAAUUACACUGACGCUGCUCAACAAAAGCUUCCCAAGAAUAUUCAUUCUAGCAAGUUUUCUUGGGCUUCUUUUUUUGUGCUGAAAGUCUUUCUCAGAGCAGAUAAAAUCUUGGCAUUUAGUAAUAUUGCCGAAUUUUCUCUCUCAUUUUUGGUAAUGUGCUAUUUAGUGCCAAUUUCCAAGCUCCGCUCUUACAUUCUAUUGCUAACUGCAGGCUCUCUUUUUGGUCUCGUGCUUUUUCAAAUAUUUCUUGCGCUUUUUGUUUUUAUCUUCCCAAUACCUUGGUUACUGGGAACCGAUCAUUUGAUGACUUGGUGGGCAAUUAUAUCGGACAUUAACCCAGGUGAGGACGUUGAAAAGUGGGAUAUAGUGGCCAAGACUUUCAACGCGCGGUGGACCGUUGAUGAUCAUUGUUGCUUAAGAGAGUUCUUCUUUGAUGGGGAUCACUGUAUGAAAACUUUCAGAAAAGCGUACCCCAGAGAAAUUUUGGAAAAUGAGUUUUGGAUCAAAACGCAACAGGACCUCGUUCCAUUUUUGAAAAGGGCACUUGAAGCAUCUAGACCCGAUAGCUUGCAUUAA